AUGGAGGAUUCCCAGUUGGAGGAUUCCCAGUUGGAGGAUUCCCAGUUGGAGGAUUCCCAGUUGGAGGAUUCCCAGUUGGAGGAUUCCCAGUUGAAGGAUUCCCAGUUGGAGGAUUCCCAGUUGGAGGAUUCCCAGUUGAAGGAUUCCCAGUUGGAGGAUUCCCAGUUGAAGGAUUCCCAGUUGAAGGAUUCCCAGUUGAAGGAUUCCCAGUUGGAGGAUUCCCAGUUGGAGGAUUCCCAGUUGGAGGAUUCCCAGUUGAAGGAUUCCCAGUUGAAGGAUUCCCAGUUGAAGGAUUCCCAUUCCCUUUUCCCUCCUAUAUUCAGAGAAUCCUCCAGCCAGGAACUGUGAAAAAUCUGGGAACUCUGGAAAAGUUUUGCAACCCUAGUUCCUGAACACACCAUGAAUAUACUCAGAGGGAGAAGGCUACAGGUCUUUAGAUUAUAGGAGAAAGAUGCAAUAAAUACUGUAUAUUCCUAAAUUAGUGAGAUAAUCAGGAAAACUGACCUACUGUAUUUGAGUGUUCAACCAAACUGUAAGCUCAUAACCACCCGUCACUCUCUACCUGUAGUUGAUGGGUGACCAGGAUGAUACUCUUCCCCUUCAGUGUCUUCUUGAUGCACUCCUCAAAGAUGUGUUUCCCUACGUGGGCGUCCACGGCAGACAGAGGGUCGUCCAGCAGGAAGAUGUCUUUGUUGGAGUACACCGCUCUGGCCAGACUGAUCCUCUGCUUCUGACCACCAGACAGGUUCAGGCCUCGCUCUCCUAUCUGCAGAACAGAACCAGCAAUACAACCCAGUCAGUACAGUACAGGUUCAGGCCUCGCUCUCCUAUCUACAGAACAGAACCAGCAAUACAACCCAGUCAGUACAGGUUCAGGCCUCGCUCUCCUAUCUGCAGAACAGAACCAGCAAUACAACCCAGUCAGUACAGGUUCAGACUCACUCUCCUUCUACAGAACAGAACCAGCAAUACAACCCAGUCAGUACAGUACAGGUUCAGGCCUCGCUUCCCCAUCGGCAGAACAGAACCAGCAAUACAACCAGUCAGUCAGGUUCGGCCUCGCUCUCCUAUCUACAGAACAGAACCAGCAAUACAACCCAGUCAGUACGGUUCAGGCUCGCUCUCCUAUCUACAGAACAGAACCAGCAAUACAACCCAGUCAGUACAGGUUAGGGCCCCGCCCCUCCUAUCUACAGAACAGAACCAGCAAUACAACCCAGUCAGUACAGGUUCAGGCCUCGCUCUCCUAUCUACAGACAGAACCCGCAAAAACAACCCGUCAGUACAGGUUCAGGCCUCGCUCUCCUAUCUACAGAACGAACCAGCAAUACAACCCAGUCAGUACAGGUCAGGCCUCGCUCUCUAUCUACAGAACAGAACCAGCAAUACAACACAGUCAGUACAGGUUUCAGGCCUCGCUCUCCAUCUACAGAACAGAACCGCAAAGUAUAAACCCCAGUCAGUACAGGUUCAGGCCUCGCCACUCUCCUAUCUACAGAACAGAACCAGGACACAACAACCAGUCAGUACAGGUUCAGGCCAUCGCUCCCUAUCUACAGAACAGAAACCAGCAAUAAAACCCAGUCCAGUACAGGUUCAUCAGAGGCCUCGCUCUCCUUAUCUACAGAACAGAACCAGCAAUACAACCCAAGUCAGUACAGUUCAGAGCCCUCGCUCUCCUAUCUACAGAACAGAACCAGCCAAUACAACCCAAGUCAGUACACAGGUUUCAGGCCUCGCAUCUCCACUAUCUACAGAAACAGAACCAGACAAUACAACCCCAGUCAGUACAGGUCAGAGCCUCGGCCCUCCUAUCUACAGAACAGAAACCAGCAAUACAAACCCAGUCAGUACAGGUCCGGCCUCGCUCCUCCUAUCCUACAGAACAGAACCAGCAAUACAAUCCCAGGUUCAGUACAGUACAGGUUCAGGCCUCGCUCUCCUAUCUACAGAACAGAACCAGCAAUACAAACCCAGUCAGUACAGGUUCAGGCCUCGCUCUCCUAUCUACAGAACAGAACCAGCCAAUACAACCAAGUCAGUACAGUACAGGUUCAGGCCUCGCUCUCCUAUCUGCAGAACAGAACCAGCAAUUACAACCAGUCAGUACAGGUUCAGGCCUCGCUCUCCCUAUCUACAGAACAGAACCAGCAAUACAACCCAGUCAGUACAGGUUCAGGCCUCGCUCUCCUAUCUGCAGAACAGAAACCAGCAAUACAACCCCAGUCAGUACAGGUUCAGGCCUCGCUCUCCUAUCUACAGAACAGAACCAGCAAUACAACCCAGUCAGUACAGUUCAGGCCUCGCUCUCCUAUCUUAGAAACAGAACCAGCAAUACAACCAGUCAGUACAGUACAGGUUCAGGCCUCGCUCUCCUAUCUACAGAACAGAACCAGCAAUACAACCCAGGCCGUACAAGGUCAGGGCUCGCUCUCCCAUCCACAGAACCAGAACCAGAAUACAACCCAGUCAGUACAGGUUCAGGCCUCGCUCUCCUAUCUGCAGAACAGAACCAGCAAUACAAACCCAGUCCAGUACAGGUUCAGGCCUCGCCUCCUAUCUACAGAACAGAACCAGCAAUACAACCCAGUCAGUACAGUACAGGUUCAGACAUCACUCUCCUAUCUACAGAACAGAACCAGCAAUACAACCCAGUCAGUACAGUACAGGUUCAGACAUCACUCUCCUAUCUACAGAACAGAACCAGCAAUACAACCCAGUCAGUACAGUACAGGUUCAGACAUCGCUCCUCCUAUCUACAGAACAGAACCAGCAAUACAACCCAGUCAGUACAGGUUCAGGCCUCGCUCUCCUAUCUGCAGAACAGAACCAGCAAUACAACCCAGUCAGUACAGGUUCAGGCCUCGCUCUCCUAUCUACAGAACAGAACCAGCAAUACAACCCAGUCAGUACAGGUUCAGGCCUCGCUCUCCUAUCUGCAGAACAGAACCAGCAAUACAACCCAGUACAGUACAGGUUCAGGCCUCGCUCUCCUAUCUGCAGAACAGAACCCAGCAAUACAACCAGUCAGUACAGGUUCAGGCCUCGCUCUCCUAUCUGCAGAACAGAACCAGCAAUACAACCCAGUCAGUACAGGUUCAGGCCUCGCUCUCCUAUCUGCAGAACAGAACCAGCAAUACAACCCAGUCAGUACAGUACAGGUUCAGGCCUCGCUCUCCUAUCUGCAGAACAGAACCAGCAAUACAACCCAGUCAGUACGGUUCAGACAUCGCUCUCUAUCUACGAACAGAACCAGCAAUACAACCCAGUCAGUACAGGUUCAGGCCUCGCUCUCCUAUCUGCAGAACAGAACCAGCAAUACAAACCCAGUCAGUACAGGUUCAGGCCUCGCUCUCCUAUCUACAGAACAGAACCAGCAAUACAACCCAGUCAGUACAGUACAGGUUCAGGCCUCGCUCUCCUAUCUGCAGAACAGAACCAGCAAUACAACCCAGUCAGUACAGUACAGGUUCAGGCCUCGCUCUCCUAUCUACAGAACAGAACCAGCAAUACAACCCAGUCAGUACAGGUUCAGGCCUCGCUCUCCUAUCUACAGAACAGAACCAGCAAUACAACCCAGUCAGUACAGGUUCAGACAUCACUCUCCUAUCUACAGAACAGAACCAGCAAUACAACCCAGUCAGUACAGGUUCAGACAUCACUCUCCUAUCUACAGAACAGAACCAGCAAUACAACCCAGUCAGUACAGGUUCAGGCCUCGCUCUCCUAUCUACAGAACAGAACCAGCAAUACAACCCA